AUGUGGUUCUACAGUAUGAAAUUAUUCAAUGCAAUAAAUUCCACCCGUUUACAAUCUUUUGCCCGCAAUGAUAAGUUUAUUGCUUUGAUUAAUUACAAACAAUUUUGUCAAACACCUAUUCAGAAUGAAACAAAUCCGAAUUUAAAAAAAACUCAACCACCUUUAACUUAUCAAAGCUCACAAUCAUUUCAGUACUCAUCAAAUAUUCAACCAUUACAAUUCAAAUCGAAAUUGAAUGCAACUAAUUUGGAGUUGAAGUAUCGAAAUGUAUGUCAAGAAACUUGGCGUUGGUUAGACGAGUACUGGUCAGCAUAUAAUCUUUCUUAUUCAAAGGCAAAAAUGGCAUUUUUAGCCAAAGAAAAGAAGAAACAUGCAACUGGACAUACACAACCGGAUAUGGGAAUAUUUCAUCGUGAAUUUUUAGAAGCUAAUAAAACGCAGCGUAUACAAUUCAAUCUUAAAUGGUAUCGUUCUAUUGCUUAUAUUGUAUAUUUAAGUAUAUUAGUUGAUCUACAACAAUUGUGGCGUCGUUUACAUGCUAAAUUCCUUUCAAAAUCGAAGAAAUCUAACAAUGUUAACAAUAAAGACAAUUAA